AUGGGCUUCACAUUUUACAUCGGUGAGCUGCGGGUGUUCUUCCCGUAUGACAGCAUAUACCCAGAACAGUACCGGUACAUGUGUGAGCUGAAGCGGGCUUUGGAUGCCAAAGGAAAUGGAGUCCUGGAGAUGCCUACUGGAACAGGCAAGACCGUCACCUUGUUCUCCCUGAUUACUUCGUACCAGUGGGCACAUCCUGAAGUUGGCCGUCUCGUCUACUGCACGCGGACGGUUCCUGAGAUGAGUAAGGCACUGGAAGAGCUACGCAAGGUCAUCGACUACCGCGUUCAAGUUUUGGCCGCGGAGCGUGAGCCAGUCGUGCCCAGCGAGGACGGGGCUCAGCAACCAACUGGGCUGUCUGCCGGACACAUCUUAGCUGUUGGUUUGUCCGCAAGACGCAACAUGUGCGUCCACCCUGAGGUCAGCAAGGAGGGUGACCGAGAGCGUGUCGAUGAGAUGUGCAGACAGCUAACUGCUCCAUGGGCGCGGGAGAAGGCAAAGAAGGACAGCCUUUGCACGCACUUCGAGAAGUAUGAGACCGCCCUUGCUCACCAAUCCCAGCUCCUUGAAACAGGCAUCUACACCAUAGAGGAUUUGCGGGCCAAAGGCUUGGAGUCGGGCUACGGUUGGUGCCCAUACUAUGCGGCGCGCCGACUGAUCCAAGCUUCGAGCGUCGUUGUGCUCAAUUACCAGUACGUGCUGGACCCCAAGGUCUCGCUGGCCUCCAGCUUGGGCGGUGCCCCGACCCUCCCUGGAGCGCGAGCCAAUACGCGAGGCAGUGGCUCCUCGACAGAGCCAAGCAUCGUUGUCUUUGACGAGGCCCACAACAUUGACGACGUUUGCAUCGAAGCGCUCAGUGUCAAGUUGAACCGACAGAGGCUGGACCAGUCCUUUGGCAAUCUCACGAGGCUCGGCAACGAGGUCGACCGUGUAAAGCGCGAGGAUGCGUCCCGACUUCAAGAGGAAUACAAGCGCCUCGUUCAGGGUUUAAGGCAAGCUGGCCAGAUUGACGAAGCCAUGGCGGACCAGCUGCAAAGCCCUGUCUUGCCCGAAGACCUUGUCAGCGAGGCCAUCCCAGGGAACAUUCGCCGCGCAGAGCAUUUCAUCGCACUACUGCGCCGUUUGGUAAACUUCUUCCGACGCUAUCUACAUGUGGACCGCGCGCAGUGCGAGGGCCCACUCUCUGUUACGCACAAGAUGGAGGAAGAUGCGGAGGUGGACUCCAAGUCACUGAAGUUCUGCCACGAACGUUUGCGAUCUUUGCUGAACACGCUGCAGGUGGCGAAUUUGGAUGAGUUCACCCCGGUGACAAAAGUGGCAGAUUUUGUCACACUACUGGGCACAUAUUCGCAGGGUUUCAGCAUCAUCGUCGACCCAUAUCCCGAAGCACAAGGCAUCUAUGAUCCUACGCUGAUUCUGCGGUGCUUGGAUGCCUCCAUCGCCAUGAAACCUCUGCUAAAGCGGUACCAAUCCGUUGUCCUAACGUCUGGUACGAUCUCUCCUCUCGAGAUGUAUCCAAAGAUCCUGGGCAUGUCAAACGUGGUGGCCACAGAGUCCUUCUCCAUUACCAUGGAAAGAAAGUGCUUGUGCCCGCUGAUUGUGACGCAUGGCGUGGACCAGGUGCCGAUCUCAUCACGCUUCAGCAUGAGAGAGGAUCCAAGCGUUGUCAUGGCUUACGGAAACCUCCUCGAGGAGCUUGUCAAGACAGUACCUGAUGGGGUCGUUUGCUUUUUCACAUCGUACCGGUACUUGGAACAAGUGCUCGAGAAGUGGUACGAAACAGGUGUCAUUACCAGAGUGUUGAAACACAAGCUGGUCUUCAUCGAGACAGUGGACGUCGUCGCCACCACGUACGCGCUCAACCUCUACCGUCAGGCUUGCGACUCUGGGCAGGGAGCUGUCUUCCUCAGUGUCGCUCGCGGGAAGGUGGCUGAGGGCAUUGACUUUGAUCGACACUACGGCCGUUGCGUCGUUUUAUUUGGAGUUCCUUUUCAAUACACGCUGUCUCGAGAAUUGCGGGCAAGGCUAGAGUUUCUUCGCCAGCAUUAUGACAUCAAGGAGUCGGAAUUUCUCAACUUUGACGCGAUGAGGCAGGCCUCCCAAUGCCUUGGACGAGUCAUUCGUUCCAAACGCGACUAUGGAGUCAUGAUCUUUGCUGACCAGCGGUAUGCUCGGCGUGACAAGCGGUCCAAAAUCCCAGACUGGAUCCGCAACUUCCUGGAUCCAGGCCACGUCGCCAUGGCCAUUGACGUUGCAGUCGAAGCUGCGCAAAAUUUCUUGCUGCAGAUGUCGCAACCCUACGAAGAGAAGAAAGGCAUCGGAGCGUCUGUGCUAAGCCCAGAGGCCUUGAAGGAGAUGCAGUUGGAGGAGGCGCGCAGCCUCCAGUCAAAGGCUGAGGCCAAAACAGCCGCAGAGCUUGGCGAGAGCACUGCCUCAAAAGAGGGUGAGCCGCCCGAGAAGCGAUCUCGGCUUCGGAUUUCCCUGUCAGACUGA